AGCACACAGUGGGUGGUUGUUGGCAGGCUGGCAGGCCGCUACUUGCCGUUCGGUUCCCAUACUUAGUGUACUCCCAGUGGUAGCCUUGAGUAGAUCGUUUGCACGUGAAGAGCGUUCUGGCGGAUGGACUGUGGACCGCGAACCGGACUGAUUGUGUCACGGUUUGGUGGAUUCUGUGCCGUCUCCCUCGCUGGCGCCACCACACCAGUGCUCUUCCCAACGCCACAUCGGGAGUGGUCCACGCGAUUACGUCGCUGCGAUUAGGAUAGCUCGCGUAACAGAAAGAAAAGCACGCGCCAGUGCGAUAAAGGCGUUCUUGGGGAGUAGUGUUUCGUGUAUGUGUGUGUGUGUGUGAAUCUGUGUGCCUGUUUUGCAACCGGAACACCGAAGACCUGAGGCCAGAGAUACCGCCCCAAGCGAGCGCGCGCACACGCUCGUGUAUUGGUGUGUGAGUGUCGAAGCAUCCGAACAAGCAGGAAAAGGAUUCUGGAAAGCCAACCUCAACACCAUUGCCUCCUAUCUGGAUGUUGCGGAACCGAUGAACUGUCAACUUAUCACCUGACGUCCUAGCCUAGCGUUUUGUUUACGUUCCGACCGGAUUCCGAGUUUAGGAACGACAAAAGGACGCCCGGAACCGUAAGGUUAAUCGAUGUUCAUUAUAACCUGCUCAUCAACCAUCGACCAUCAAACCGGAAGCCCAGCAUCACGCAGCCUGAAAAACAUUCCCCUUGGCUCAUUACCACCGUGUGGCCGCGUUACAGUGUCCUUUUUUUCGUAUCAUUGUACGCGAGAAGAUUUAAAAUGAAAGUUUAAUUUGCAAUCGCAACCCCGCACCUCCUGUUCCGGCCGGCCAACCAGCGAUCGCUUCCCGACAUAAUGCAAAUCCGAUAAUGCGGCCAUGGCACUGCGCGGUUGGCGACUGUUUGGGGUGGCCGGUACCAUACUGGUGUACGUCGGCGGUAUACUGUUCCUAUCGUUCGUCAGUCUGCAGGGACCACAGCAGAAGCGUGGCAUCCAUGGACCGCGCGGCUACGGUGAGUUCGAGACGAUCCGCAACCGGGACCUGGGGCUGAUGGGCAAGAAGCCACCGUUGCAAUGGUGCACCGAGCUGCACUAUCUGGGCACACCGACCCGGCAGCCCCGGACACCGCCCAAGCUGCUGCAAACCUUCCCAGGACACUUUGUCAAAAAGUUUAGCGUGUACAGCUACCACAACCAGAACCUACACUCAGCAGCGGGAGCAGCGGCGGCGGCGGCAGCGGUGGAGGCACCACCGGAAGCAGACACAGCGGCUCGACAACCGGACCGUGUCGGUAGCAGCGACAACGAUGAUAGUGAACGAGCAAAAGGCCCGGUACGUGGUAGCGAUGCGGUAGCAAGCAGCAGUAUCGCCGGAAGUUCCUCGCGCUCCGUUUGGCCUAAUAGCGAUCAACUUAGUGGUAAGCUAGUGGAUAGUAAUAGCGUAAGCAGAACCGGCGACGGGCGCUGGCCAAACCGGCGUGAGCGACCGAAAUCCCCGGGACUGACGGCACUCGUCUCUUUCCCGGGCAGUGGCAAUACCUGGCUACGGUAUCUGCUACAACAGGCCACCGGUAUUCUGACCGGAAGUGUGUACAAAGAUUAUGGUCUGCUCAAAAGUGGCUUCCCGGCGGAGAGCGUCGCCAAUGGAUCGGUGCUAGUUGUCAAAACACAUGAAUGGGGCCCGAAUGCGUGGGCACCGUACGCCAAGGCGAUACUGCUGAUACGGGACCCGGAACGUGCCAUACUGGCCGAGUUCAACCGCCAAUCGGGUGGCCACGUUGGCUUCGCUUCUCCCGAUCGUUACCGUAGGACCAAGGGUCGCUAUUGGACCCAAUUUGUAAAAAAUAAGCUGUGGGCAUGGGAACAAACGAAUCUCUCGUGGGCGAAGAACUUCACCGGUGAGGUGAAACUAGUCUUCUACGACGAUCUCGUCGAGAAUGUGGAAGGGACGUUACGCAGUAUUUUGAAAUUUCUAAACCAUCCCACGGACGAGGAACUCCUCGCUUGUGCACUGAUGCGGAAAGAGGGCAUUUAUCGGCGUAAGAAGCGUAUACUGCAGUUUGAUCCGUACAGUCCUGCCAUGCACGCUGCCAUCGAUGAGAAACGGGCCGAGGUGUACGCGGCACUCGGUCGUUAUGAUAUGCACUGAGCACAACGGCGACACCUGCGGCUGCCUCGAAACGGAGCGGUUAAGUGGAGGAAGAUAUGUGUCCUAAACAUUCGGUCUGACCGGUUUUUGCCAUCAUUUGAGCCAACGCUACCAUGUCGACGACGAUAUGAACCUAUAACUAAUGUAACAAGUGUUAUGUUAAGUGUUAUGAGUAUUAGCGGAAUUUUGUGGAAGAAGGAAAGCGAGUGGCUCCAUCGAUUGCUUCCAUUUUACCAAUGUGAUCUUACGUUUUACUCGAAUUGUUUGCAGUGUCCUACCGCACAAAUGCGUUAGCGCUAGGGAUGACCGUACACAACGCCCGUUCUAGUCAAAAUUGGUUUCCGAAGCAACCGUAAUUCCGAGCAGAGCCAAUAGGAACACUCUUGAUAUGGAACAGUACUUAGAACACGAAUAUUUCGAAGCUAUUGUAAGGAACUGGUAAGACUUUUAGAAACAAUGUAGGAACAAUAGGUAGUAGAGUGUAGAGACGGAGCGUAGGGCGUUUGUGUUUUACACUACUACCACUACACUAGCACCACUACGACUUUAUCGCUGUUACUACUAUACUACUACUAUUAUUACUACGGAUGAAUGCGGCAAACACCUUACCCAGAGAUUAGAACUACGUAAGAAAAUGGCGCGGCCACUAUAGUGCGCUCCGCUCCCCGUUUCCGAAUGGCCUGGGGAUGGCGUAACGAAACGUAACACAAGAAAUGUAUGAUAGUAUUGCGCUGGUGUGAACGGAUGUGCAUUAUCCCAUAGACACCAGGAAGUGGAGGAAUAAAAGUAUUUAG